AAGCUAGUCAAGGAGUGGGCUGACGGGAACACGCGGAGUGCCAGAAAAGGACACGAAACGGCGAGGCCAUGGAAAGGAAAGUCUGGUCCCAUUGAUGGAAAAACAGCGAGUGGGUCUCUUUCCCAUCCUGCUCCUUAUUCCAAACUCUAUGCUUUUUCUGUCCAUGGAAUGAAAAGAAUAGGUCGGCUUGCUUCCUCCCUAAGCUUCUCUGCGUGUCUUAAUAUGCGUGUGUGGGCAUUGAUUGCGAGUCCAAACACCGAGCGGAUCUCUGUUUCGAAGCUCUUGGAAGCACACUGAGCACGUUUCCCAACUUCCCCACGCUCUGCAAAUUCUCUUUUCCAAGUUAUUCUUUCCUCCGGAGAAAGCAUGGAAGCAGGGGACAUGAUGGUAAAGGACACCCACCAGCCGUCGGCUGAUCCCCUCCCGUUUGCCAGAAGCUAUCAGCUCGAGGCACUGGAGAAAGCACUGGAGCAAAACACUAUUGUUUUUCUUGAGACUGGCUCUGGCAAGACACUGAUUGCGAUCAUGCUUCUGCGUAAUUUUGCAUAUCUUAUUCGAAAGCCUUCGCGGUUCAUUGCUGUCUUUUUGGUCCCCCAAGUUGUGUUGAUUAAACAACAAGCAGAAGCAGUGAAAAUGCAUACUGACUUGAAAGUGGGUAUUUAUUGGGGUGACAUGGGAGUUGACUUCUGGGAUGAUGCUACAUGGAGACAAGAACAGGACAAAUACGAGGUUCUUGUAAUGACACCCAUGAUUCUGCUUAAUGGUCUACGGCACAGCUUUUUCAAACUGGAGAUGAUUAAACUUUUAAUAUUUGAUGAGUGCCAUCAUGCGAGGGGUAAACACCCUUAUGCGUGCAUUAUGAUGGAGUUCUAUCACCGGAAGUUGAAUUCUGAAAAGCAUCUUCUUCCUAGGAUAUUAGGGAUGACUGCAUCACUUGUGAAGUCAAAAGGGCCAAACUCACCAGAUGCUUAUUGGAAAAGUAUUUGUGACCUCGAGAAUCUUAUGAAUUCAAAGGUGUACACAUGUAUUAAUGAAUCUGUACUGGCUGAGUUUAUACCUUUUUCAAAUACAAAGUGGAAAAUUUAUAAGCACAUGGAUAUCCCAGUUGCCUUGAAUGAGAGCUUGGAAAGCCAUUUGAACUCUUUGAAGAUAAAGCAUGAGUGCACUCUGGAAAAGUUGGGUCUAAAGGAAUCUGCUGUGGAAUCUGUGAAGAAUAAAAUAUCGAGGAUAUAUUGUACUUUUAUGUUUUGUUUGAAUGAGCUCGGACUUUGGUUGGCUUUAAAGGCUGCAGAGUCCUUGUCCACUGAUGAAACUGAUAUCCUUUGUUGGGGUCAAUUUGAUUUGUUUGGUGAGACAAUUAUUAAGGAUUUCAGCAAGGGUGUGUUGAAGAUUUUCUCAAAUUAUAUUCCUUCCGAUUGGUCAAUUGGUGGUAAUAUGAAGGAUGAUAUGGACAGGGGAUUCCUAAGUGUUAAAGUUAUUGCACUGAUUGAGUCUCUCAUGGAGUACAGCUCUAUGAAAGAUUUGAGAUGUAUAAUAUUUGUGGAAAGGGUUAUCACAGCUGUUACAAUCAAGGACUUAUUGAGUGAGCUGCUCGUGAAUCUAAGUGGUUGGAAGACAGAAUAUGUAGCAGGAAACAACACAGGUUUGCAGUCCCAAACAAGGAAACAACAAAAUAGAAUUGUUGAGGAAUUUCGUAAAGGCGAUGUGAACAUCAUCGUUGCGACAUCAAUUCUUGAAGAAGGCUUAGACGUUCAAAGCUGCAACUUGGUUAUCAGAUUUGAUCUGUCCGCCAAUGUUUGCAGCUUUAUACAGUCCCGUGGUCGUGCAAGAGUGCAGAACUCAGAUUAUUUAUUGAUGAUGAAAAGUGGGGAUGAGGCUUCACUUUCUCGAGUAAAGAACUAUCUUUCCAGUGGAGAAAUUAUGAGAGAGGAAUCCCUGCGCCAUUCUUCAACUCCUUGUGCACCUCUUGAAAAUGCUUUGCUUGAUAAUGAAUUCUAUUGUGUUAAAAGUACAGGAGCAAUAGUGACCCUGAGUUCAAGCGUUGCUUUAAUUCACUUCUACUGUUCAAGGCUCCCUUCUGAUAGGUAUUUUAAAUCAUGUCCUAGGUGUGUCAUCAAUGAGGAGAUGAAAACUUGCAUUUUAUAUCUUCCCAAGAGCUGUCCAAUACAAACUGUUCAUGCACAAGGCAAUACUAAUAUAUUGAAACAAAUUGUGUGCCUAGAAGCAUGCAGGCAACUUCAUAAGAUUGGUGCUUUAACCGAUAAUCUUGUACCUGAGAUUGUUGUGGAAGAAGCUGCUGCACAAGAAUUAGGAAAUGUGCCUUAUGAUGAUGAGAAAGUCAUUUACUUCCCUCCUGAAUUGGUGAAUUAUUGUUCUAACAAUUUAAUGAUUAAAUACCAUUGCUAUGUGAUUGAGUUAGAGAGGAAGUUUCAGUAUGAUAUCCCAGUUCGUGACAUAGCACUUCUUGUAAGGAGUGAGCUGGAGCUAGAUGUUAGAAAUUUGAAGUUCAACUUAGAAGCUGAUAGGGGUCAUGUGGCAUUGCACAUGAAAUAUGUAGGGCUCAUCGAUCUCAGUCCUGAGCAUGUCAGUUUGUGUAGAAAGUUCCAAAUCACUCUUUUUAGAGUUCUUUUGAACCGUGAUUUGAAUAAACUGAAGGAGGUUUUUGGUGAGUUUCAUAUAAAAAACAAUGAGAUCAUUGAUUAUCUUCUGCUCCCAUCAGCCAGCUCACACGAGAAACAAUGUAUUAUUGAUUGGAAAUGUAUCCGAUCCGUGCUGCUUUCAUCUGACAAUGUUAAUAAUCAUGAGAAUUGUCUAUCACCAAAAGGCUAUGCUCGUAUGGUGCAGACAAAGAAUGGUAUUUUCUGCAGCUGCAUGCUUGAGAAUUGUGUGGUGUGCACCCCACACAAUAGCCGUGUGUAUUGCGUCGAUGGUUUUUUUUAUGAAUUGGAUGGUAACUCACUUUUGAGUUUGAGAAAUGGAGAAGCUAUUACAUAUAAGAAAUACUAUGAAUCCCGGCAUGGAAUUGAGUUGCACUUUGAACAUGAGUCACUGCUUAAGGGAAGACCCGUCUUUCAAGUGCAAAAUUACCUGCAGAGGGGCAGACUGAAGAAAGAUAAAGAGCCAAGUAACACAUUUGUUGAAUUGCCUCCGGAACUUUGUUUUAUUAUAAUGUCACCAAUAUCAAUUAGUACACUGUAUUCCUUCUCAUUUGUUCCAUCUGUAAUGCAUCGGAUUGAGUCCCUGUUCAUUGCUGCCAACUUAAAAAAGUUGCAUUUGGAUCAUUGCACGCAAAAUGUUAAUAUUCCAACCAUUAAGGUUUUGGAAGCAAUUACCACAAAUAAAUGCCAAGAAAAUUUUCAUUUGGAAUCAUUGGAGACCCUUGGAGAUUCAUUUCUCAAAUAUGCAACUAGCCAACAGCUUUUUUUUACCUAUCAAAAUCACCAUGAGGGCCUUCUAAGUAUUAACAAAGACAAAAUUAUAUCUAAUGCUGCACUUUGCAAGCUAGGGUGCAACCAUAAACUCCCGGGUUUUAUACGUAAUGAGUGCUUUGAUCCUAAAAAAUGGAUCAUUCCUGGUGAGGUGUGUGGAAAUAAUUUAUUACCCGAACAAGUUUCUCCUGCUAUAAUUAUGUAUAUUAAAGGGAAAAGGAAGAUAAAAAGCAAGACAGUUGCUGAUGUGGUUGAGGCACUGAUUGGUGCAUUCCUUUGCACUGGUGGUGAAAAAGCAGCCAUUUUAUUUCUGGAGUGGCUUGGUAUUGAGAUGGAUUUUGCAAAUAUACCAUAUGAGAGGGACUUUUCAAUGCACCCAGAGAGGUUUGUUAAUAUCCAUAAAUUACAGUCACUACUGAACUACCCAUUUCAUGAUCCUUCUCUGCUAGUUGAAGCACUUACCCAUGGCUCUUAUAUGCUGCCUGAGAUUCCGAGAUGCUACCAGCGCCUAGAAUUUCUUGGGGACUCAGUGUUGGAUUAUCUCAUGACCAUGCACCUCUACCAUGAAUAUCCUGGAAUGUCUCCAGGACUGUUGACUGACCUCAGGUCUGCUUCUGUGAACAAUGAUUGUUAUGCAAGAUCUGCAGUUAAGGCUGGACUACAUCGGUAUAUUCUCCACUAUUCCCCAGAGCUUCAUAAGCAGAUAAUUAAAACUGUUAAUAAUUUUGAGCAAUUACCUCUUGAAUCAACUUUUGGCUGGGAGUCAGAAAAAUCUUUCCCCAAGGUGCUUGGAGAUAUUAUUGAAUCCCUGGCUGGAGCAAUUUUUGUUGAUUCAGGAUACAAUAAGGAAGCUGUUUUUAAGAGCAUAAGGCCCCUUUUGGAGCCCCUAAUUACUCCAGAAACAGUUAAACUCCAUCCCGUGAGAGAGCUAAACGAGUUAUGCCAGAAACAAGGCUAUGCUAUGAAGAAGCCGAUGUUGUCUAGGGAGAAUGGUGUAGUUUCCUUGACAGUAGAAGUAGAAGCAAAUGGUAUAAUUUACACGCAUACCUGCACUGCUUCAGAAAAGAAAGUGGCCAAGAAAGUAGCCUCCAAAGAAGUUCUGACCUCCUUGAAAUGCAGCAUUUCCAGGUGGGUUGAUGGAUGCUUGACUUCUGCUAUGUGAGUUCGGCUGUUCAAAGGUGUCAUGCAGUGUUGCAGUAGGUAUUUAUAGUUUAUGUGUAUAAUGCUUUUAUAAAAAAUGGGAGUUUGGAGAAUUUGAAAUAGAGAAGUUGGUGAUUUCUCAUAUUAGUUUUUUAUCAUUAUCGUUUAAACUUGCAGUGGUCUGCCUUUUGUGGGACAGAAUAAAUAUUAGAUGAUGUCAAUGAAUUUACCGAGUGAUAAUAAUUCACCAAUAAUAACGCAUUAUCAUCUUCUUUUUUUUUUUAGACAUUGAAUUAAAAUUGGAUGUCUAAUAAUGGGGUGUUAAGUCAAAGUCCAUGAUGAGAAGUGAUAAAUCAUAUUUGGUAUUGGGCUGAAGUAAUCCAUAUGUCGAUGAAAUGUUUAGGAUCGUCAUAUUCAUGACAUUUGAUGUGGCAAUGAUCUCACAUUUUUUUAAAAUGAUUCCUCCUGUCGCCUAUGAUAUUUAGGACCAAUAGGUCAAAAAUGGGUUGUAAAGUGUGGAAAUCCAUUUCUCAUCUUCCAUAACAUAAUGUUAUUCAACAUUGUUAUUAUAUUCAAAAUUAAAAAAAUUAUAAUAGAAAAUGAAGUUAGUACUAUUAUUAUAUUAUAAUAACAUAAUAUAAUGUUGAAUUUUGAAGACUACUUUUCUCAUUGUUUUAGUUAAUUGGAUUAUUAAGUCUUGAAUAUAAAAUUUUUAAGGCAGUGACAUAUUUUAUGUAGUCUUAAUACGUUUUGUAGCUCAUAUUUUGAGCGAAAGCGGCAUGCACUGGGAAAAGCUACGUGAAGCGAGGAGUAAAAGCAUGAGAGGGGUCUACAAGCAGGAGGCUAAUAAUCAGCGGUUUGGGCUUUAACCGUCGACAGUUUUAGGUAGAAUGCUGAGGUGUUUCUUUUCUACUCCCAAUCGUCGAUGGUUUUAGUUAGCGCAAGUUACGUAUUUUCAAAUCGGGGGUCAAUAGAUUGAGCUAAUCAGAGGGAUUUUUUCCAGGGAUUGUUUAGAUAGGAUGUAAGGUUCAUGUACAUUUAGGGUUCGCAUAUAAUCAUUGAUUUGUAACUCUAAUGUAAGCUUUGAUAUUGUUUAUAGUGAAAAUGAAGUUGUUGCUCACAUGGACGUAAGAAAAUGGCCGAAAUACAUAAAUCUUGUGUUUUUUGAUUG